AUGUUUAAUAGUGCUUUUAAAAAUGGAACAGCUUCCAUUUUCUCUAAAUCCUUACCUUUGGCUACUAUGCAAUCACCUUUGGUUUCUAGAACAUUUGCGACAAGUCAACCAGUUUGGGCAACAUUAAAUCAAAUCAAGAGAGCUAAAAAGAGUAGUGUAUUGGGUAAUCCUAACCACCGCCGUAGCAAUGCACCUUCGAAAGCCCCAGACCUACAAGUGUGCCCUCAACGUAAAGGUGUCGUAUUACGUGUGUUGGUCCUAAAGCCAAAAAAACCAAAUUCUGCUCAACGUAAGGCUGCUCGUGUAAGAUUAAGCAAUGGUAAUAUAGUUUCUGCAUAUAUUCCAGGAGAAGGCCAUAAUAUUCAAGAACAUUCAAUUGUAUACGUACGAGGUGGUAGAUGCCAAGACUUACCAGGUGUUAAGUAUCAUCUAAUUAGAGGUGCUGGUGACUUGUCUGGUGUGGCAAACAGAAUUACUUCGAGAUCAAAGUAUGGUGUCAAGAAGCCAGGGGAAAAGACUGCUUAG